AUGAGUAUUAUUAGCUUCGGUCUCAUCCCUGAUGCUCGUCAUCCAAAGAAGAUUUUGCGUGUCAUCAGCAAUAAUAACCGGGUUUCAUUAGCCAUUAAAGCAGAAUUCGAAAAACUCAAUUCGUUCACCAAAUCCUAUUUGGCAACUCAAUACGAGGAGGAACAACAACAACAACAGCAAACUCCAGACAAGUCGCUCAAGCAAUCCAAAAAUGUGCAGUUACAUGACCUCUUUAGGGAAUUGUACGUUCUAAUCGACUGUGAGAAUUUCAAGCUUGAUCGAGUUGCAAACGUAAACCUAAGGAGUUUGCAAGAAAUUAUCGACAAGCUUCAGAAAAUUGAUGUGAAGACGACCGUGGAUGAAACGAUACAUGGUUUAAUGUGGCAGUAUAUCAACCUUGUUCUUGGCCUCCAGUUGUCUAACUCGUUGAUAUACAAGACCCUUGUUUUAAAAAGUCAACAGGUUUAUUGGGAGACAAUCCACAACUCCAUUUCCAACAAGCUAAUCUACUUUGUUCAAACAUUACCAAAUAAAAUAUAUCGUUUUGGUAUCGAUAUGGUUGGAAAGACAAACGAGAUACUUGCACAGAACUUUCAUCGAACAGAAGCCAUGGAUUUGGAACAUCGCCAUUGGACUUAUCAGUACUGGCUGAAGUUUCAAAUUUAUUCAGCUGCGUUGGGCAGAUCGAUCCUACAAGCUGUUGAUUUACUUUUUGUUCAAGAAAAUCCCGUUGUAACGUUGUUACAAAAGUCCAAUAUAUCCACUUUUUCAUCAAUCAAAUGGUAUGUGUCAUCCAUCGCAAAGUCACCUGUUACCAUCAUCAACAAGGAAAUAAAGUCGAAAUUGAGAACGAUAAAGAAAGAAAUUCAAUCAAACACGCAAAACAUUGAUUUAUUUGUUAAAGCAGAUAUUGCCAAUCUAUUCCCUACAUUGAAGAAGAUAUUAAACAUAAAAGAUGGAAGUGACAAUGAAGUCAACAAAGUAGUUGAUGGUGUUGUGGCAUUCGCGAAUAAGGAGUACACAUCCACUUCAUCUCCAUCAUUCCUUACCAGAUAUUGGCUUCUCAUUUCACUCAUUGUUUUCUAUGCACCUUCACAAUCAAAAAAUGCGUACCGUAACCGCUAUGAAAUACUCCAUUGGAUUCAAUACAAUGGUGUUGAACCCUUGAAGGGAUUUUUCACCAACUGGGUCAUCAAACCAAUCAAUGAGAUGCUCAAUAUUUUACGAAGCGAUGAUGAAAUUACAUUGACUUCAAGGGAUUCGUUGAAAUCCGACGUAACUUCUUUGGAGAAGAUGGUUUAUGAAUUCGCCCUGGAUAAUCAUAUUGAAACAACACCAACAUUAGUCAAACAAGACAUCAAAAACGGAGACUUGAGCUUAGUCAUGUCUCGGUAUGAGAAUGAAAUCAGACAGCCAAUCAAGUACCUUAUUUCAGGCUCAUUGUUGAGAUUGAUUUUGAUUCAAGUACAAAAGGGUAAAGUCGAUGGUGCUGUUGCAUUAAGUGGUAUAGACAAGUUAUUGAAGAGCCAACAAUUGGUGUUUGGAAUUGUAUCAAUGAGUCCCUCAUUGAUUAUUUUAUACCAAACUUACAAGUAUUUCACACUGGCCAAACCGUUGCUUGUUAAUGGCAAACAAUUGAGUAUAGUUUGUCUCAAAUGUUUGAACAAUGUCGAGAACCUACUCAUUUCGUUACUGAGGAAAACGGAAAAGGCAAAGGAAAAUGAGGCUGACACAGACGAAGGUGAAUUAUUGAUUGAAAUUAUUGAUUUGAUCUUGUGCUCGGAACCACUCAUUCCAAAAGAGUUGCACGAAGAUUGGAUUAAAGAUUUGAAUGAAUUAAAUAAUAGCGAGUUUGAUGUUGAAACCAAAUUGAAGUUGGUGCAACGCGUAUGGAAUAUGUAUGGUAGUUACUUUAGAUGA